GACUGUAUAGUACUCAUCGCCCGUCUUAUCUGACAGCUAGAGUUCACGAAUCAAACUGUUGCACGCACGAAGCCUUUGUCAAAGGUUUGAUGCGUUGCUUAGCAGGAGUUGAAUGCAGGGCCGUGUAUAUUAAUUGACGUGUCCGAUUUUCACAAGUUACACACCUGCGCGAAGUGCCUGAUUGAGGCGACCCCUUUAACAAUUGGUAUACUCUAUUCACUCCGGGGGACGGGGUUGUUGUUUGUUCAGUAGAACUAAGUUCCUUUAGAUACCGGAUACAGGCUUGAAGAAGGGUUAAACAGGGCUAAGAAGGAAGCGGCGUUCGCAGAAGAGCUACUUAUACAGUUGUCUUUUCCUUUGAAUCGAGAGGUUCUGUACAUCAGUGUCCGGAGAACAUCAUUGAUCAAGAUGAGGCCUCUGGUUGUCGUCCUUCUGUGUCUGGUGGUCACCGUGUCCAGCGACGUUGUCGUUUCUGACUGUACGGCGACAGAGGCGGAGAUUGAAGCUGUUGGCCAAGUGGUGUUCACUUAUGGCAAAGACCUGACUGAUGAAGAAAAAACAGGGAUAGCUUUCACCGUCAUCAACAGAGUGGCCAAUCCUCACUUUCCCAAUACCACGUUAGAAGUAGUUAACUGGCAGAGAACCACGCCAAGAAAGACGAAAAGAGCCUAUGCCAAACUGACAAAGAUUUGGGACGUCAAUCAGUGGACUAGCGCUAAAAGUGGCAACACUGACGAGUACCAGACGGCCAUCCGCGUGUCACGUGACGCUCUCUGCGGACAGGCGAGCGACCCGACAGGGGGUGCCACUGAUUUUGCGUCUCAACCAACCCCACGAGUUUUCCACGCUCCGCCAAAUUACAGGGCGGCUGAACUUGGAACUCAGUUGGGAAACAUCUACGUGUUUAAAAUUCAACCAAAAGUUAACGGUGGCGGUAGGGGAGGGCGCAGACAACAUGGCGGAGGCAGGGGAGGACACGGCAGGAGAGGGCCGGGAGGAAACCGAGGAGCACCCGGUAGGAGGGGACCAGGAGGACGUCGUGGAAGACCUGGCAGGAGGGGACCAGGAGGACGUCGUGGCCAGAGAGGAAGACAUGGAGGAGAGGGAAAAUAAGGUCUCUCACAAUCAAGGAGUGGGCACAGUUCAGAUAGAUUUUAAGACGUCCUGAUCGAACCUAGCUGAAUUUAUUAUCACCAGAUGUGUUUAGCUAGGUAAACAUGGCGGUUCCCUUUUACAGGUCGCUUAUUUGUAUAUGGCGUUUCUGAUGAACGGAACGAGUUGCAAUAAUCCAAAUAAAACACACUGAACAAACAAUAAAUACCGACAUGAGUUUAA